AUGCUCGCGAACACGGCGCUCAACCCUUUACCCAUAGCCGUUGCGAAGGCAUCCCUGGCAGAAGGUGCCUCCGUGACCAUUUGCUCCUCUAGCGCCUCCCGACUUGAAGCUGCCGUCGGGAGACUCGGCGGCGGACCAAACGUCCGCGUCGAGGUCAUCGACGUCACGAGCGAGACGUCUGUGCAAUCGGCCUUCAACAAGAUCGGAGCGUUCGACCACCUUGUUUACACCGCUGUCGGAGAAAUGGGGGAUGGUUUUGACAGGAGAGCUCUGGAAGAGUACAUCCCAGUGAUGGACAUCUUCUUCUGGGGCAUGGUCCGCUGUGUCAAGCACGCGAAAGCAUUCGUCAAGGAGUCCAUCAUCACCACCGCAGGCACCGGUGCCCAUAAGCCGAUGCCAGGUGGCUUCGCCAUCACUUGCGCCAUGGGUGGUGCCAUCGUAGCGAGCUCUCGCUGCUUCGCUCUGGACUACGCCCCGAUCCGCGUGAACUGCGUGACCCCCGGCUUGGUGGACACAGAGCGGUGGGACAAUAACCCAGCGACGGCCAUGUUCAAAGGGUCGAUCUUCGAGCACGCUAAGAAUACGCUUCCUGUCAAACAUGUAGGCACGCCAGAGGAAGUGGCGGAGACCUACCUUUUCUUGAUGAAAUGCGGCUACAUGACGGGCCAGUCUGUGUCCCCGGAUGGAGGGAGCUUGAUUCUCUGA